GGAGGCAGAACGUGUCUCCUUCCUGAGCGGUAUGACGGCUGCGUGGUCCCAUGGUGUUUAUACUUGUGUACUAUUGUUUGUACAGAUGAACGUGGUAUUUUCAGGCAUUUGGAAAUUGCUCCCAAGGAUGAACAAGACUUGUGGUCUACAAUUUUUUGGCUGAUUUCCUUAGAUUUUUCCCAUGAUGUCAAGCAAAGAGGCACUGAGUUUGAAGGUAGGCCUUGAAAUACAUCCACAGGUACACCUCCAAUUGACUCAAAGUAUGUAAAUUACACUAUCAGAAGCUUCUAAAGCCAUGACAUAAUUUUCAAGAAUUUUCCAAGCUGUUUGAAGGUCAACUUAGUGUAUGUGAACUUCUGACCCACUGGAUUUGUGAUACACAAGUGAAAUAAUCUGUCCGUAAACUAUUUUUGGAAAAAUUACUUGUGUCAUGCACAAAGUAGAUGUCCUAACCGACUUGCCAAAACUAUAGUUUAUUAGCAAGACAUUUGUGAAGUGGUUGAAACCUAAGCGUAUGUAAACUUCCGACUUCAACUGUAUGUGGGAACUCCUUCAAGACCGUUGGAAAAGCAUUCCAGGCUACUUUGAAGAAUCAAAAAUAUAUAUUUUGAUUUGUUUUACACUUUUUUUGGUUACUACAUGAUUCCAUGUGUUAUUUCAUAGUUUGUUUUCACUAUUAUUCUACAAUGUAGAAAAUAGUCAAAUUAAACAAAACCCCACACCUGAGUAGGUGUGACCAAACUAUUUUUUUCACAGUUCAUUGCAGAGUUUGACUUGCGCUCUGUGCAGUAUGAGGUGAAGUCUCCACGCCUUCACGAGAUUCAUUUGGCAACGGCCCCCUCACGACUGCAUCCGCUUCAACUUCUGCUGUGAUCUGGAGGCUGAGCAGUGGGCCACAGUGGUGAUGUCAUCCCUAAGAGAGGCACACAGAGUUGCUGCAAAUAGUUCCCCACAUCCUCUGGAUGACCGACAGAUGCACACCGCAGCAGUAGCUCUAGAACAGCGCAGCACAGACUCCUUACCACUCACUGAGGAGCUGCGCCUGGAGCUUGCCCGGGCGGUCGAAGCAGGCGACAGCCAGGCUGCUGCUCAGCAUGCAUCUGCUCUGGCUCACCAGAAGGUGGCGCUCACCAUCCAACUGUCUGAGAAGAGUUACGCAGAAGGAGAGAUACGUUUGGCUGUGGCAGUGGAGGACAUUUCCUCUUCCUGUUGCGUCACAGUGAAAGUUUUCCCACACAUGACCGUCGCAGCACUCAAGCAGCAGGUUUUUCUGGAGUAUGGCUUCCACCCUCGCGUGCAGCGCUGGGUGAUAGGGCAGUGUUUGUGCACAGAACCCAGGUCCCUGGCCUCGUAUGGAGUCCAGAGGGAUGGGGACAUGGCCUACCUCUACCUGAUCUCAGCCCGCCAUGCCCACCUCACCCGCCAGCUGUUCCAGCAGGACGCCCUCCUCACCCCACCUCUGCCUACCAGCAACGGGUCUACGUCCCAGGACUGGAGGGGCUACAGCACCCUGCCCUCCAGGCUCAGCCACAACUCCCAGGGGAGCACCGGACGUGAGGCUGACAGGCUGGGUAUGAGCGAGAUCAGAGAGGCCCUCAACUUGGAGACUCUGCAGAACAACAAUAAACCUGAUCAACCCUGCAAAGCCAGUAAAGCACAGACAGAAUGGGUUUGUCCCUCCUGCACCUUUAUCAACAAUCCUUCCCGACCAGGCUGUGAGAUCUGUAGUACAGCCAGACCUGACUCGGGAGCACCGCCUCAUACAACAGGAGAAAGGAAGAAGAGUGGAGCAGGGGGAGAUUGGUGCAUUGAUCAGUUGACUGCCUCGCAACCUUUACCAUAGCCUGGAUGACUGAUCACACACAACUGACACCAACUUACUGCUUCUUAGGUAAAAACCCACUACUGACAAACACUAGAGGUAUAUGGACGCUGUCGCACACAUGGAGCUCCACUUGCAGUGGCUCACAAAAGGAACUACCUGUAUAGUCAAUGGGAGCUGGCUUUUUGACUCUCCUCUGGACAUGAUGGCAGUCAGCAACCUUUGCCUUGUGGUAGACUUUCUAUUUAUUUAUUUUACAUUGGGCAGGGGUGGAAUAGUCCUAUAUUUAUUCCAGAGGGGUAGGUGGUGCUUCCCUUCUCUCUACCUGAUAUCUCAGAUGAGAGAAUAUGGUAUAUUUUGAAGUUGGCCAACUGGGAUACUUUUAAGUAUUGAAAGUGCAGUUUAAAACCAAGGCCUGUAUUCAAACUCAGAGUAGGUGUGCUGGUCUAAGAUCAGAUGUAUUUUAGAUCAUAAUUAUAUAGACAUGGGGGACCUGAUCCUAGAUCAGUACUCCUACUCUGAGAUACAUUGUUAAUACAGGCCCAGGUCUUGCUGGUCAAUGGUUGGUGCCAUUUGGUUUGAUGGGAUGAGGGGAAUUAGUUGCUAUGAGGCAAGUCUGUGGGAGUGACAGGGUUUUAAAGUGAUUUUAUUGUUGAUGCGUUUCACCUAUUUGUCAUAAGUUUCUCUGUCUGAACUGUGUUAGUGACAGAAUGUUAUGUUUUGUCAAACAUAACUGUAUAAAAUGGUGUUAGCUGAAUAAACAUACAUUGAUCAA